UGGGCUGAGUCCAAUCAGCAGCGGCUCCUCCGCGGCGCGGCGGCCGGAAGCGCGGGGCGGGCGGGAGUGGGGCCCAUGGCGGACACCGAGGAGGGUCCCGACGAUGAUUUCUACGAGCGGUUCGCGGACGAGCUGGAGGUGCUGGCCGAGCUGGGAGAUGAUCCAUCACCACUCGCUGGCCCCAAACUCUCCCAAUUCCGGGGCAGGAGGCACCCACCGGAUGAACCCGACGUCCCCCCCGGGGGCAGCGACCCCGAGGGCACCAACCCCAGGAAGAGGGACCGGGGCUGUGUCCCCCCCGGCUCCCCAUCGCCACCCACAGCCCACACCCCAAAACUGAAGCGGCAGCGCCUGGAAGCUGUUAAGAAGCUCAGCUUUGGUGCAGAUGAUGAGUUGGCUCCUGACAUCCUCCAGGAUGCUGGUGCAGAGGCACCUUCUGCUCUCCACACUACCAGGAAUUUGAUGCUCUCCAGCUCAGACCACCUGGAGAUGAGCGGCAUGGUCCCACUACAGACAACACCACCCUCCAAGAAGCGAGUCCUCAAGCGGCCACCCAUCCUGGAGGACUAUGUCAACGUGACGUCCACUGAGGGCACCAGGGUCUUCAUGGUGCUGAAGGAUGAUCCUUCCAGGACAGGGGUGGAGCUCUCCAGUUGCCUGGGCUGGAAUGCACGCAGACCACUCCACUUGCUGGGGGUGCCUUUCUCCUACCUGAAGGAACAAGUGAAUGAAGAGCGUCGAAGACACGUUCUGCAGGCGUCGCAGCAGCUGACAGAGAUAAUUAACAGUUGUCUCGAGAGCGAGACCAGCACCGAGAGCCCGCAGCCCAGCGGGGACGUGGAGCCAGCAGAUGAGGAGGAGUCUGGGCUGCAUUGUCUCUGGGUGGACAAGUUCACUCCCCAGCGCUACAUGGAGCUGCUCAGUGAUGAUUACACAAACCGCUGCCUUCUCAAGUGGCUGAAGCUCUGGGACACAGUGGUGUUCGGGAAGGAGAAUGCUGUGAAGAAGAGCAAGCCCAGCACUGAAGCUCGUCCUCCGUUCAACCAGCCCAAGGAGCAGCAGAAUAAGUGGAAAACGAAGGUUCAGCUCACUGAGGAGAUUCUGGAGGCUGAGCUGGACCAGCACAAGAGACCCAAAUACAAGGUAGCCUUGCUCUGUGGCCCGCCUGGCUUGGGAAAGACCACGCUGGCCCACGUCAUCGCGAAGCAUGCGGGAUACAACGCUGUGGAGAUGAACGCCAGUGAUGACCGCAGUCCUGAGGUCUUCAAAACUCGCAUUGAAGCUGCUACCCAGAUGAAGUCUGUGCUGGGUGCCAACGAGAAGCCCAACUGCCUGAUCAUUGAUGAGAUAGACGGUGCACCCACAGCAUCUAUCAACGUGCUGCUCAACAUCAUCAACCAGAAGGAUGCAGAGGGCGAGGCAGCGGCCGGCGUGGGCCGGAGGAGACGGCGCGAGGGUGGGCUGCUGCUCCGGCCCAUCAUCUGCAUCUGCAACGACCAGUACGUCCCUGCCCUGCGGCCGCUGCGGCAGCAAUCCUUCCUGCUCACCUUCCCCCGGACGGCCCCGUCGCGGCUGGUCCAGCGGCUCUGCGAGAUCGCCCUGCGGCAGGGCAUGCGGGCGGACACGGGCGCGCUGCUGGCCCUGUGCGAGAAGACGGAGAAUGACAUUCGCUCCUGCAUCAACACCCUGCAGUUCCUGCACGGCCGGGGCCAGAAGGAGCUGAAUGUGCAGAUGGUGCAGACCAUGAAGAUCGGCUUGAAGGACCAAAACAAGGGGCUCUUCUCCAUCUGGCAAGAGAUCUUCCAGCUCCCAAGGGUCCAAAGGCACAGGAUUGGGAUGGACCCCGCUUUGCCAACCCAGCUACUGGUGGGCGAUGAGGACCUGGCACACCUUGGGGGGACAGCUGGCUUCAACGUGUCCUCCCAGCGCUUCCACCAUGUCCUGCACCUCGCCACGUCCUCGGGGGAGCACGAGAAGUUGGCCCAGGGUCUGUACGAGAAUUUCCUGAACAUGAAGCAGCGGGACUCCAGUCUCGGCUCAGUCUGUUUGGCGCUGGAGUGGUUGGGCUUCUCCGACCUGCUGGGCCAGGCUGUCCUGCACCGGCAGAGCUUCCAGCUGCUGCGAUACCUGCCCUUCCUGCCCGUGGCUUUUCACCUGCUCUUUGCAGCCACCAGCGUCCCCCGGCUGGCUUAUCCCAGCAGCCAGCACGAGGCCCUGGCCAAGCUGAACCACAUGCAGAACCUCGUCAUGUCCAUGAUGCUGGGGAUAACGCCCAGUGCCCGCAGCCGCACGGGGCAGCAGUCCUUCAUCCUGGAGGUGCUGUGUCUGCUCCUGGACAUCAUCGCCCCGAAGCUCCGACCGGUGAACACGCAGCUCUACAGCCUGAAGGAGAAGCAGCAGCUGGCGGAGCUCAUCAGCACCAUGCUGGCCUACAACCUCACCUACCGCCAGGAGCGCCUGCCCGAGGGCCACUACGGCUACAAGCUGGACCCGAACGUGGAGGCCGUGUGCCGGUUCCCGGACCUGCCGGCUCGCCGGCAGCUGAGCUACCAGGCCAAGCAGCUCAUCGCCAGGGAGAUCGAGCUGGAGAAGAUGAGGAGGACGGAGGCUUUGCUGCAGGCGCGAAACCUGGGCCAGGAGCCUGGGAAUGGCCUCGGCGAGGCGGGGGACCCAGCUGAUGGGGGGGCUGAGCCCCCCAACCACCAGCAGUGGCUGGAGCACAUCGUCCGCAGGGCGGCUGCGGGGGAGGACAAGCCCGAGACUGACUUUUUUGGGCGGCCGAUUCAGCGGGUGGCUGCAGCUCCGGCCCCUCAGGCCUCCAAGGAAGAGUCGAUCGAGAGCCAGAUGGGAAAGGCGGUGGGCAGGAGCGACGUCUGGUUCCGCUUUAACGAAGGGGUUUCCAAUGCCGUCAGGAGGAAUAUCUACAUCCGGGACCUGCUCUAGCGGGGCAGCGAUGGACCCCUGGACAUUCUAUAGGUGGAACUGAAGGGAUAAAGCUGACUUGACUUUCUAACCCAUGGAUGGGGUGUGUGUGUGCAUGAUCCCCAGUUGUUUUUUUGGUAUACAUUUAUUUUGUUAAUAAAAAAAUAAAAUAUAUAUAUAUAAAAUAA